AUGUCUGCACGUCUGCGCUCAAACAUAUUUCCAACUCCUGUAAAGACUAAUUCUUCCGUCCCCCGGAAAUCUUUAAAGCAUCGCCUAUUCCUGGAUGAGGAAGAGGAUGAAGAUGAAGAUGAAGAUACUCGCCCACCAUCCCCUAAGAAGCAUAGAAAAACUCAUUAUUCGGUUGCUCCGCUUUUUGACAGAUACAGGAGACCGAGGUCGGAAGAAAACGACAAGACACCAAGCCAUAUUCACAAUCGACGACAACGUCUUAGCCCAUCUCCCGACCCUGAUCCACCUCUGGCAUUGGAACUGGGCGAGCGCUACGCCAAUCUCCGCGCAACAAUCCACAGCGCCGCUAUAGCUGGUCUCGAAGAGGCCGAAGCAGAACUUAUAGCGCAAAGCGAAGCUAAGAUCCACGCCAACAGGCAACAAAUGGCCGCUCUAGAAACUCAGCUCAAUAAACUUAUCUCACCACUCCAGGACCUUACAGUUGACUAUACUGCCACCGGUGAAGAUGGCUGCGAGCGUACCGCCGCAGCGGAAGUCCAGGUCGAGAUCGAUGACCUCGGCGAGGAGACGCUAUCGCGAAAGGGAUCUGACCGCGCUGCAGGCGAAAUUCGCCUCGUUGGAGCCAGCAUAGUAAGCGGGAUAUCGCCCUCCGCGUCUGCUUCCCACGCUGAGGCCCACGCUGAGGCCCUGGCCGGAUUCGGUACAGAUCUCGAUAGAGCUAGCAAGGACGUCGUGGAGGAGAUGAUGACGUACGAGGAGGAGUUUCUUAAGAAGAUUGAGAAGGAGGCCGGGAACAUCCUGCAUUCGUUCCUGAACAGCUAA